ACCAUGCAUCUCCUUGGUCCCCUGAUCCUGCUCUUCGAGUACUGGUCUUUCUCUGACUCCGCGGGAUGGAACUUUAACCACCCUGGCACCCUCUACACCUGGGAGGGGGCUUGUGCCUGGAUCCCCUGCCUCUACACAAAGGCAGGUCCCAAAAGGCCCCUAAAAGACUUCACCCUGUAUCACAAUCACGAUUUUGAUGACGUCACCAAGAACUUUUCGGGGACCAUCCUCUACCCGACCCCAGAGGUCCCUGGGCAGGUGACGCGAGUACAGUACCUGGGGGACAUGUUGAACAACUGCAGCCUGAGCAUCCAGCCGGCGCACACCAAUGACAGCGGCCGGCUGGGGUUGAGGAUGACGUCGGAAACGGACCGAUGGAUGGAGACCAUAAACCUCAACGUCUCUGAAAGGCCUCCCCCACCUCACAUUCAGCUUCCUCACCACAUACAAGAGUUCCAGGAAGUCACGUUGACCUGCACGCUCAAUUUUGCCUGUCCGGGUUACCCCAUCCAAUUGCAAUGGUCACUAGAGUACCAGACUGACACCUACACGUCCCUGAAGCCCGAGCUGGUCUCCACAGAGAGCAAGCUCACGUUCCAGCCUCAGUGGACGCACCACGGCAAGAACCUGACCUGCAAGGUCCAUGACCCCAAGACGAAGCUGUUCUCGCAGCAAACGCUGUUGCUGGAUGUGAAACACCGUCCGCAAGUGGAGAUCAAGGUCAGUCCCAAAGAGGCUACUGUAAUGAAGGGGGAAUCUGUGACCAUGACGUGCCAUAUCACCAGCAGCAACCCAGAGGACACUACUAUAUCCUGGUUCAAGGACAAGGCCAAGCUAAGGAAGUAUAACACGGCGACACUAAAUCUGCCCAGAGUGACCAAAGAAGAUAGUGGAACGUACCAUUGUCAAGCCUCCAAUAGUGUGGGCUAUGGAAAUUCGGAAGAUGUGGUUCUCCAAGUGCAGUUUGUUCCAGAACCUUCCAGUGUUCAGAUCCUCCCCUUGCCAGCUCGCGAGGGAAGCAUGGUGGAGCUGACCUGUGUGUCACCAGCCCACCCUCCUCCGACCAAUUACACCUGGUAUCACAAUGGGAAAGAAGUCCCGGGAAGGACCGAUCAGAAAUUCCAGAUUCCAAAGCUCCUCCUCUUGCAUGCCGGGAAUUAUUGCUGCCUGGCAGAAAACAGCCUUGGGCUUGGACAGAUUGGCCAGGAAGCGGAACUGGAUGUGCAAUAUAGCCCCAAGGGGGUGACGGUGGUGGUUCAGAAUCCCGCUCCAAUUCGAGAGGGUGACGACGUGACCCUCGUCUGUAACUACAAGUCCAGCAACCCUCGAGUCACCCGAUAUGAAUGGACCCCCCAAGUCCCCCGAAACCAGUCAUUCCCGGAGGUGCUGAGGAUUCGAAAAGUCACCUGGGAUAUCGGCCCAAUCGCCUGCCAAGCCUGUAAUGUCUGGUGCCAACAGGCUCCCUUUGUGCACCUGGAGGUUGAGUAUGUUCCCAGAGACGUCAGGGUCCUGAAGAUCAGCCCCCAGACGGAGAUUCACUCGGGGCAGCGUGUCCUCCUUCAAUGUGACUUCUCAAGCAGCCGCCCUCCAGAGGUCCGCUUCUUCUGGAAGAAAAACGGAAGCCUUCUGGCGGAAGGCAGGCAGCUGAGCUUCGUCGCCGUCGCCCCAGAGGAUGCUGGGAAUUAUAGCUGCAUGGCCAGCAACUCCGUGGGACAGACCACAUCGAAGGCCUGGAGGCUGCACGUGCUGUAUGCUCCCAGGAGGCUUCGGGUGUCCAUGGUCCCCGGAGACAGGGUGAUGGAGGGGAAGAAGGCAGCCCUGGUGUGUGAGAGCGACGCCAACCCGCCCGUGUCCCAGUUCACCUGGUUUGACGGGAACAACGAAAACCUCCAUCAAACCGGUCAGACGCUGAGGCUGGACCCGGCCCAGGUCCAGCACACGGGCGCCUACCGGUGCCAGGGAGCCAACCAGCUGGGCGUGGGCGUGUCGCCCCCCAGGACCCUCACUGUCUACUAUAGCCCAGAAACCAUAGGCAAGAGAACGGCCGUGGGCAUCGGGGCCUGCCUGUCCAUCUUCAUCCUGGCAAUCUGCGGGGUCAAGCUGCGCAAAGGCUGGAAGAGGAUCCAAGCUCGGCAGGGCCUCCAGGAAAAUUCCAGUGGGCAGAGCUUCUUCGUGAGGAAGAAAAAGGUUAGAAGGGCCCACCUCUCGGACACGCCCGCCUCCCUGGGAUGCUAUAACCCAGUGAUGGAAGACCCCGUUAGCUAUGCUGCGCUGCGCUUUCCUGCUGGCGAGACGGACACUGGGGGCAGUGGGAGUGUGGGGAUGUCCGCCAGUACCCCAAAUAGGGAGGAGAUGGUCACGUAUUCGGUGCUGCAGAAGCCUCCCGUGGUCGACUACGAGAAUGUGGCCCCAGCUCUGGCAGAAGAAGAGGAAGGGAUUCAUUAUUCGGAGCUGGUUCAUUUUGGGAUGGGGGAGCGGCCUCCAGCCCACGACAAAGUGGACUACGUGACCCUGAAGCCCUGA